AUGGCGUCCACAGAACCCGCAUCAGCUGCUAAAAGCGACUCGAACGAGCCCGCUACGCCGCCUGCGAGCGAGUACACCAUCCUCGCCGCGAAUGUCACCCACAACCUCUCGCUACUCCACCAGGCCGUCUCGCUGCUCGAACCUCGCUUCACCACCCGCGCGUUGAGGUCACUGCCAGAGGUCCGCAAGAAGUUUGGGAAGGACGGCGAGGUGCUUGCAGAGGUCAUCAGGAGCGGACAUGUCUUCAAAGAUGGUUCAGAUCGUAAAGCGCAACUCAUCCAAGCGCUCGGUGACCCUCCCGCGCCUCCUAAGGAUGCGCCUGCCUCGUCGACUUCGAAAGGAGACGCCUCGAUGGACGUGGACUCGGCGGAGAAGCAGGGAGAAACGGACAAGAAGGACGGAAAGGAGGGUUCGGCGCUGAAGGAGGUCGCGAAGAAGGUCAAGAAGGCUGGACAGCACGAGGAGUUGAAGGAAGUUGCGAGCGAGUUGCCAGAGGGCGACGCGUUCGUCUGCCUGCUCGUGGUGAUCAGCCUGCUCGACCAGAAGAAGUACGAGGAGGGCAAGGCUCUCGCAACCAAUUGCCUCGAGUUCUUCGGCCAGCUCAACCGCCGAACGCUCGACCAGCUCCUGUCCAAAUUCUUCUUUUACUGGGUCCGUCUGCAUGAAGUCUCGGGCGACGACACCGGAGCUCUUCGACCCACUCUUCUCGCCGCUCACCGCACCGCCUCUCUCCGCCAUGACGUCGACCUCCAAGCAACGCUCCUCCCUCUUCUCCUCCGCAACUACCUGGAGCACGGUCUCUACGAGCAGGCGGACAAGCUCGUCAGCAAGACGCAAUUCCCCGAAGGCAGCGCGCAGAACAGUCAGCUCGCAAGGUGGUACUACUACCUGGGCCGCAUCCGCGCGAUCCAGCUCAACUACACCACCGCGCACACCUCGCUCGAACAAGCGAUCCGUCGCGCGCCGUCCGAUCUUCGCGCCGCGCCCGGCUUCUUCCAGCACGCCUACAAGCUUCAUGUCCUCGUCACGCUCCUGAUGGGCGACAUCCCCGAAAGGAAGAUCUUCCGCGAGGUCGUGCUGAAGAACGCUCUGCGGCCGUACCUCGAGAUUACGCAGGCGGUCCGAGUGGGCGACAUUCAGGCUUUCAACACCGCCUUGUCGCAGCACACCGCCGUCUUCACCGCCGACCGCACCCUCUCGCUCGUCCACCGCCUCCGCCACAACGUCAUCAAGACCGCCCUCCGCACCAUCUCGCUCGCCUACUCCCGCAUCUCUCUUCGCGACAUCUCGACCAAGCUUGCGCUCGACUCGGAGGAGGAUGCCGAGUACAUCGUUGCCAAGGCGAUUCGCGACGGCGUCGUCGUUGCCAAGGUCGAUCACGAGAAGGGCGAGAUGACGAGUCGGGAGACGGGAGACAUCUACUCGACGGGCGAGCCGAUGCGCGAGUUCGACAGGAGGAUCGGCUUCCUGCUCGACCUGUACAACCAGAGUGUCAAGUCCAUGCGGUACCCAAUGAAUGCGCACUCGAAGGAGUUGGCAUCGGCGAAGGAGGCGCGCGAGCGUGAGCGCGAGUUGGCCAAGGAGAUCGAGGAGGGCGACUCGGACGCCGACCUCGACGGACCCGGCGACAUGGACUCCUUCUGA